AUGGAAUUUCCCGCCUCCGUGGGAAGGGGAGAUCGGAGUUGCAUGAUCCCAUUCGGGUAUGGUGGACGCGAUGAACAAAUUGCAGAGCUCGGCGUCAUUUUGUUCCCGUUUGCUUGGUCCCCAGCCACCCUGUGCCUGUCAUGCAUCUCAACAGCCUUACAAUCCAGCCCAGACCUCCUCUCCAACCCCAUCACCUCAUGCCAGAACACCACCCUCUUAACACCCCUAUGGGCCUGCCUCCAACGCUCCUGCAGUUUCCAAGAACAAUCGCAAUACUACACCGCCACUCAGCCCAUCUGUUCCAGACAGCCAGUCCCCUCUCGCGGCCUGCCAGCCCUGAUCGAACCCGCUGUUCUCGGUCCAGUAACGCUGCUUGCUGUUGGGGCGCGGCUGUAUUCUAGAUAUACGGUUUCGAAGACGUUUGGCACGGAUGAUUAUCUAAUUUUUGAGGCAUCUUGCAUUUAUACCGGCACGAUUGUGCUUUACAUUUUUAGUGCGUUUCUUUUUAGAGUGUGGGGUAGACAGGGGUACUUGCUGAUAAGGGGCAAAUACAACGCUUGGAUUCGGAAAGCAUACCUGGAAUAUCGACCCUCUGGAUAUCAGGAUUCUCUUACUGGGGCACAGAUAUUUUACAUCGGAGAAUUGUCCUACCUUACCUGUCUGACGCUAAUUCGCCUCUCCAUCCUCUUCUUCUACCUACGGAUAUUCAUGAAACGCCGAUUCCGAGUCACGGUUUGGAUAACCAUCAUUUUCGUCGGAGCAAGUGGUCUCGCGUUCCUCAUCGCUGCACUCCUGCAAUGCGUACCAAUCAGCGGUGUCUUCGACCGCAGCAUCCCCUCCACCUGCCUCUCCCUGAACGCCGUCGCCUUCUCCAACGCAGGAAUCGGCAUCACCCAAGACCUAAUAAUCCUCUUCCUUCCCUUCCCAGAAGUGAUCUAUCUCACCAUGAUGACCCGCAAGAAAAUAAUCCUCAUUUUAAUGUUUUUGUUGGGGAGUUCUGCUUGUUUGACUAGUAUUAUAAGACUCAGGUAUCUGAGAGCUUUUGCGACGAGUACGGAUGAGACAUGGGACGACCAAUUCGGCUCCCUGUGGCCCUUUGCCGAAGAAUCCGUAGCAAUAAUAUGCGCCUGCAUGUCAGCAAUUCGAAAACUGCUCUCAAAUUAUCUGCCGAAUAUAUUCGAUAUGGGCGGUAGCAGCAACAAGAACGAUGUACUACAAUUCUCGACCUACGGCGAAACUCGACCUGCUUCACUAUACCCGAUGUCGAUUGUGUCUGUGGAAAGGAGAUCAAAGAGGAUUUCAACAAUCCUUACGGGUGAUGAGAACUUGAGGGCGGAUGCUGAGGGGAUUCCGUUUCGAUGGAGCGUUGAUGUUUCUGCUGAACCAGAAGCUUUGGCUUGA